ACUGGCGUAGCGUCUCCUUCUGGCAAAAGCGGCGAACAGCAAGAGGCAGGUCUCCAAAAGAACGACUUCUUCCCUCGCUCGGCUACGGAGCCCCCCUGCGCUCGGCGUGCUGUCGGCGGCCGCUCAGAGAUGAACACAUUGCGCUUGGAUCUCCCAAAGAAGUCGAAAUAUUGAAUCGCUCUCCCCCACCCGCACUCCAGAAGCACACAUGUAAUAAUGACAAAGGAUUGCAAAGGCGAGAGUGGAUCGAGUUUCGCUGAGCGAUCCCCUUAACUGGAUUACUAAAUGGGACACUCCAUCAGCUAGUGCUGUGUCCUCUCCAGCUUCCCAGAUACAUGCACCAACGAGGGUGAAGUAAAGAAAUAGCCUCCCAGCUGAACUACUAUGAGGUCAGAAGCCUUGCUGCUAUAUUUCACACUGCUACACUUUGCUGGGGCUGAUUUCCCAGAAGAUCCUGAGCCAAUCAGUAUUUCGCAUGGCAACUAUACAAAACAGUAUCCGGUGUUUGUGGGUCACAAGCCAGGACACAACGCCCCACAAAGGCACAGACUGGACAUUCAGUUGCUUAUGAUCAUGGACAGAACCCUCUACAUUGCUGCUAGGGACCAUAUUUAUACAGUUGAUAUGGAUGCCUCACAUACAGAAGAAAUUUAUUUUAGCAAAAAAUUGACGUGGAAAUCCAGACAGCUCGAUGUAGACACAUGCAGAAUGAAGGGAAAACAUAAGGAUGAAUGUCAUAACUUUAUUAAGGUUCUUCUAAAAAGAAGUGAUGAUACAUUAUUUAUUUGUGGGACAAAUGCCUUCAGUCCUUCCUGCAGGAAUUAUAAGAUGGAUACUCUGGAGUUUCUUGGAGAUGAGUUCAGUGGGAUGGCCAGGUGUCCUUACGAUGCAAAACACGCCAAUGUUGCAUUGUUCGCAGAGGGAAAGCUGUAUUCUGCCACUGUGACAGACUUUCUUGCAAUAGAUGCAGUCAUUUAUCGGAGCCUUGGAGACAGCCCAACUCUGCGGACAGUCAAACAUGAUUCAAAAUGGUUGAAAGAGCCUUAUUUUGUCCAUGCAGUGGAUUACGGCGACUAUAUCUAUUUUUUCUUUCGUGAAAUAGCAGUGGAAUACCACAGCAUGGGAAAGGUAGUUUUCCCCAGAGUAGCUCGGGUUUGCAAGAAUGACAUGGGUGGAUCUCAGCGUGUGCUGGAAAAACAAUGGACUUCCUUCCUGAAGGCACGACUGAACUGUUCAGUUCCUGGGGAUUCGCAUUUCUAUUUUAACAUACUGCAGGCAGUUACAGAUGUUAUCCAUAUCAAUGGUCGAGAUAUUGUCUUAGCAACCUUCUCCACCCCUUAUAACAGCAUCCCUGGCUCUGCUGUCUGUGCUUAUGAUAUUCUUGACAUUGCCAAUGUAUUUACUGGGAGAUUCAAAGAACAGAAGUCUCCAGAUUCAAUAUGGACACCAGUUCCUGAUGAACGAGUACCCAAGCCCAGGCCAGGUUCCUGCGCUGGUUCUGCAUCACUUGAAAAAUAUACAUCUUCCAAUGAAUUUCCAGAUGAUACUCUAAACUUUAUCAAAACACAUUCUCUCAUGGAUGAAGCAGUACCAUCAAUUGUCAACAAGCCAUGGUUCCUGCGGACAAUGGUCAGAUACCGCCUGACCAAAAUUGCAGUAGAUAAUGCCGCUGGACCAAAUCAGAAUCACACUGUGGUCUUCCUUGGAUCAGAGAAGGGAAUCAUUCUGAAGUUUUUGGUCAGGACAGGAAACAGUGGUUUUCUAAAUGACAGCCUUUUCCUGGAGGAAAUGAGCAUUUACAAUUCUGAAAAGUGCAGCUAUGAUGGGGUAGAAGACAAAAGGAUUAUGGGGAUGCAACUGGACAAGAGAAGCAGUGCCCUUUAUGUAGCAUUUUCAAACUGUUUAAUAAGAGUCCCACUAGGAAGGUGUGAACGCCAUGGCAAGUGCAAAAAGGCCUGCAUAGCUUCUAGGGACCCAUAUUGUGGAUGGAUGAAGGAAAGCGGGGCUUGUAUGCAGCUAUUACCUGGAGCAACACUGGCAUAUGAGCAGGAUGUAGAGCAUGGCAAUACCGAUGGCCUGGGUGACUGCCAAAAUUCGUUCGUAGCACUGAAUGGGCACUCCAGUUUACUUCCCACCACCACUACUUCAGGCUCUCCAGCCCAACAGGGCUACGAUGCUAGGGAGCAUAUUCUAGAUUGGAAGGAUCCAGUUGACUCGUCUGAGAACACAAAUCCAUAUGUGGCCGUUUCAUCCCAUAAUCACCAAGACAAGAAGGGGGUGAUUCGUGAGAGUUAUCUCAAAGGGCAUGAUCAGCUGGUGCCUGUCACCCUCCUGGCCAUUGCAGUCAUUCUUGCCUUUGUCAUGGGGGCUGUCUUCUCGGGGAUCAUAGUCUACUGCGUUUGUGACCAUCGACGCAGAGAUGUGGCCAUUGUGCAGAGGAAAGAGAAAGAGCUGGCCCAGUCCCGCCGAGGCUCCAUGAGCAGUGUCACCAAGCUCAGCGGCCUCUUUGGGGACACGCAGUCGAAAGAACCAAAGCCUGAAGCCAUUCUCACUCCCCUGAUGCACAACGGCAAGCUUGCCACCCCCGGCAGCACAGCCAAGAUGCUCAUCAAAGCUGACCAGCACCAUCUGGAUUUGGCUGCUUUGCCAACCCCAGAGUCCACCCCGACACUGCAGCAGAAGAGAAAGCCCAGCCGUGGCAGCAGAGACUGGGAGAGAAACCAGAACCUCAUCAAUGCCUGCACAAAAGAUAUCCCCCCUAUGGCAUCACCCGUGAUCCCCACAGACCUGCCUCUCAGGGCUUCUCCCAGCCACAUCCCAAGCGUGGUGGUCCUGCCCAUUUCUCAGCAAGGGUAUCAGCAUGAGUAUGUUGAUCAGCCAAAAAUGAGUGACGUGGCACAGAUGGCUAUGGAGGACCAAAAUGCUACCCUUGAGUAUAAAACCAUUAAAGAGCAUCUCAGCAGCAAAAGCCCCAACCACGGGGUGAACCUGGUGGAGAAUCUGGAUAGCAUGCCCCCCAAAGUACCCCAGCGGGAGGCCUCUCUGGGUCCCCCCAGCUCCUCUCAUGCUCAGAGCAGUCUGAGCAAGCGGUUGGAAAUGCAUUCUUCUGCUUAUAACGUGGACUACAAGAGAAACUACCCUACGAACUCGCUUACGAGAAACCACCAGACUUCAACUCUCAAACGAAAUAAUACAAAUUCUUCUAAUUCCUCCCACCUUUCAAGAAAUCAGAGCUUUGGCAGGGGAGACAACCCCCCUCCUGCCCCACAGAGGGUGGACUCUAUACAAGUCCACGCUGCUCAGGGUCAGACUGUGACUGUGUCUAGGCAGCCCAGUCUCACCACGUACAACUCGCUGACAAGAUCAGGGCUGAAACGUACACCUUCAUUAAAACCAGAUGUACCCCCAAAGCCUUCCUUUUCCCCUCUUUCAGCAUCAGUGAAGCCUAAUGAUGCGUGUACAUAAUCACCGUGGGGUGGGGGGGACAGCAGGUGACCAGAGUAUGCCCUUAAAGCCAGUCUUCGGCAGCCAUAAUGCUAGUUUCGACUGACCAGGAAGCUGCUAAGCCUGUGGAUGUACUGCUCUCUGGGAAAAGUGGAAUAUUUGUUAACAUUCGGGCCAUGCAAUCCACAGUUUGUCACCACAGGACCCACCCCCACAACACAACCGUCCUUUACUCAACAGACUAACCACAAACAUUGAGCCAAAAGCACACACCUGAAUAAUGACUGUGAUACUUCACUCUCAGCUGCACAGUGCAUCCCAGAACUGGGAAACGAGUACUCUGAAAGCAAAAGGAAUGGGAAAAUGAGCCACCAACAACAGCAACAGAAGGAUUGCUUGAUGAAGCUAACACUAACUGAACUGUGGCAGACAUUUACUAUGUACAGGUACUGUGAAAGGCCCAUCAGUGUUACAGCCAUUUGGUUAAAGCAGAUUGCCAUGUUGGGCAGUGACCCUGUCAUAGGUUUCUGCUACUCUUCUCUUUUAAUAACAUGUGACUGUUAACGCAAGUAACUCCUAUUAUUUAUUGUUCAUCCUUUUUGUCUUUUUUUAAAAAUUCCUAAGGAAAUUACUUCUGCAUAUCAUCAUAUGAGCAGCUCUCUCCAGAAGGAAAAAAUACAUUGAAAAUUAUGCCUAUUUAACAUGAAACCCAUUAACUGGAGUAAUUAAAACUCUUUUUAUUUUUCCAAUAAAUUCACUGAGUUAAAUAAGUUG